UUUGGAAGAACAGAAGUAAUUGAUAAUACUUUAAAUCCGGAUUUUGUAAGAAAAUUUAUAAUGGACUACUUCUUUGAAGAAAGAGAGAAUCUGCGAUUUGAUUUCUACGAUGUUGACUCAAAGAGUCCGAACCUAUCGAAACAUAAGGAUUUUUUGGGACAGAUGUUUUGUACACUGGGAGAAAUAGUUGGAUCACAGGGGAGCAGACUGGAAAAAUCAAUUGUAGGAAUUCCUGGGAAGAAAUGUGGAACAGUCAUAGUAACAGCAGAGGAACUGGGCUGCUGCCGAGAUUCAGUUUUAAUGCAGUUUUGUGCGAACAAACUAGACAAGAAGGACUUCUUUGGGAAAUCUGAUCCUUUCCUUGUAUUUCAUCGAAGCAAUGAAGAUGGCAGUUUUACGAUCUGCCACAAAACAGAAGUCAUAAAAAAUACAUUAAAUCCAGUGUGGCAGGCAUUCAAGAUUUCUGUCAGAGCACUGUGUAAUGGAGACUAUGACCGGACAAUUAAAGUAGAAGUGUAUGAUUGGGAUAGAGAUGGAAGCCAUGAUUUCAUCGGAGAAUUCACAACAAGUUACAGAGAGUUGUCAAGAGGGCAAUCUCAGUUCAACGUGUAUGAGGUAAUAAAUCCGAAGAAAAAAGGAAAAAAGAAAAAGUAUGUUAAUUCUGGAACAGUAACAUUGCUUUCCUUCCUAAUUGAAACAGAAGUUUCAUUCCUUGACUAUAUUAAAGGCGGAACCCAAAUCAAUUUCACAGUGGCUAUUGAUUUCACAGCCUCAAAUGGUAACCCUUCACAGCCUACUUCACUGCACUACAUGAAUCCCUAUCAGCUGAAUGCUUAUGGCAUGGCACUGAAAGCAGUAGGUGAAAUAAUUCAGGACUACGAUAGUGAUAAAAUGUUCCCAGCCCUAGGUUUUGGAGCAAGACUGCCUCCAGAUGGAAGAGUAUCACAUGAAUUUGCACUGAAUGGAAACCCUCAAAAUCCAUACUGCCAUGGAAUUGAUGGUGUAAUGGAGGCAUAUUACAGGAGUCUAAAAUCUGUACAGCUUUAUGGACCAACAAACUUUGCUCCUGUAAUUAAUCAUGUAGCCAGGUAA